GACUCCACUUUCAGGGCCACACCCGCCAACCAGGGAACCAUGCCCCAUCCCUAUCGGGGUCUUGGAAGAGCCGGGGUCCUCGGGGGGCUGUUGAGGAAGACCCCAAAGGAUUGGGAACCCCUCGUCCCCCCGGGGUCUUUGUAUGCGCUUGGCGAAGGAGUCCACCUCCGUCUCGGGAAGGCUUGACGUUGGCUCCAUGAACGCCACCUUCCCCAUGAAGGUCGACACCAUGGUUGGGUCCGGGGUGCCCAUCGAUGCCAACCAGAGCCAUGAGAAACCCAGCGGCUUGGAGGACGUCUUUGUUGGCGCUGGAGGAACCGUCAACAUCAGCCUCAACGGAGAGGAGGCCUUCCAUCUGCCCACCUUCUCUGCGGCGGCCAAGGUCCGCGUGGCCUUCACGGUGCUCCUCUUCUUCUCCUCGGCCUGCUUCAACCUGGCGGUCCUCCGGACGGUCGCCCAAAAGUACCAGCGCAGGCCUCACCUCCGCAUCCUCCUCAUGAACCUGGCGGCGGCCGACCUCCUCGUCACCUUUGUGGUGAUGCCGCUGGACGCGGCGUGGAAUGUCACCGUCCAGUGGUACGCGGGGGACGUGGCAUGCCGCCUCCUCAUGUUCCUCAAACUGGUGGCCAUGUACGCCUCGUCCUUCGUCACAGUGGUCAUCAGCCUGGACCGCCGGGCGGCCAUUUUGCACCCCCUGAGCGUUGGCAAGGCCAAGAGGAAGAACAAGGCCAUGUUGUCCGCCGCCUGGGCCUUGAGCUUGGUCCUGGCGCUGCCUCAGAUGUUCCUCUUCCGGAGGGUCAGCCGCUCUGGCCCCGUGCACUUUGUCCAAUGCGCCACGGUGGGAAGUUUCCAAGCGCACUGGCAGGAGACCAUCUACAACAUGUUCACCUUCUCCUGCCUCUUCUUGGUGCCGCUCCUCAUCAUGGUGCUCUGCUACUCCCGCAUCUUCAUUGAGAUCUCCAGGAAGAUGAAGAAGGCGUGCGCGUCCCCCAAAUCCCGGGAGGUCCACCUCCGCCGUUCCCACAACAACAUCCCCCGCGUGCGGAUGCGGACCCUCAAAAUGUCCGCUGUGAUCGUGCUGACCUUCGUCAUCUGCUGGACGCCCUACUAUCUCCUGGGCCUGUGGUACUGGUUCUCCCCAGAGAUGCUGACCCGGGGGCAGGUCCCGCCGUCCCUCAGCCACAUCCUCUUCCUCUUCGGUCUCUUCAACGCGUGCCUUGACCCCUUGGUCUACGGGUUCUUCGCCAUGCAUGUCCAGACAGGCGGCCAGAGGCGGGGAUGUUGCUGUGCCCGGGGGAGGAAGGAGGCUGCUGGGUCCCCCGCCUUCAACGCCUCCUUCCGGGUUUCCAGCCCUGUGCCCUCCAAACCGCCAAGGAAGAACCGGGAGCAAAAACCCAGAUCCAAGAGAACGGGAGACGAAAAGGUGGAGUUUUACGGGAAGCGGACGGUGGAGGAGAGCUUGAUCUGAAAGGCGGAAAACGGAGGAUGAUCCCUUCUCCUUUGUUGGACACUCUUUUCCUUUCCUGCAUUCGAAGCAUGAAGUCCUUGGGGGAGAAUUUCUAUAGCAAUACUUGUAAGA